UUGCAGUCUGAAGUGAAGCUCGAUCUUCAUUUGGAGAGGAGCAGCAGCUUCAGAACCUGAUGGUCCAUCUUCCGCAUUCAGACAAUUGGGGAGCUCUGAUUGGCAGGAGGACCAGGCUCCUUGUCUGGCUUCUCAUUGGUCUAUUUGAAGAAGGAUUUGCAUACAGCGAAGAGCAUGCGCGGCUUUUGCUGAACCAGCACAGAGCAAUAGAAAUGUACAGCAUGGAAACAGACCCUUCAGGCCAACCCGUCCAUGCUGACCAGAUAUCCCAACCCAAUCUAGUUCCGCCCCUCAACACCUGGCCCACAUCCCUCCAUACCCUUCCUAUUCAUAUACCCAUCCAAAUGCCUCCUUAAAUGUUGCAUUUGCACCAGCCUCCACCACUUCCACUGGCAGCUCAUUCCAUACACUUACCACCCUCUGUGUGAAAAAAUUGCCCCAUAGGUCUCUUUUAUAUCUUUCCCCCCUCACUCUAAACCUAUGCCCUCUAGUUCUGGACUCCCCGCCCCAAGUGAAAAAUCUGUGUCUAUUUAUCUUGUCCAUGCCCCUCAAUAUUGUAAACCUCUAUAAGAUCACCCCUCGGCCUCUGACACUCCAGAGAAAACAGCCCCAGCCUGUUCAGCCUCUCCCUCUACUGCAAAUCCUCCAACUCUGGCAACAUCUUUGUAAAUCUUUUCUGAACCCUUUCAAGUUUCCUAAGUUUCCAAUAGAAAGGAGAGCAGAAUUGCACGCAAUAUUCCAACGGUGGCCUAACCAAUGUCCUGUACCGCCACCACAUGACCUCCCAAUGCCUAUACUGAAUAUUCUGACCAGUAAAAGAAAGCAUACCAAACACCACCUUCACUAUCUUAUCUACCUAUGACUCCACUUUCGAGGAGGUAUGAACCUGUACUCCAAGGUCUCUUUGUUCAGCAACGCUCCCAAGGGUGUUACCAUGAAGUGUAUAAGUCCUACUAAGAUUUGCUUUCCCAAAAUGCAGCACCUCGCAUUUAUCUGAAUUAAACUCCGUUUGCCACUUCUCAGCCCAUUGGCCUAUCUGGUCACGGUCCUGUUAUAAUCUGAGGUAACCCCCUUCGCUGUCCACUACACCUCCAAUUUUGGUGUCAUCUGCAAACUUACUAACUGUACCUCUUAUGCUCGCAUCCAAAUCAUUUAUGUAAAUGACAAAGUAGAGGACCCAACACCGAUCCUUGUGGCACUCCAGUGGUCACAGGCCUCCAGUCUGAAAAAUAACCCUCCACACCACCCUCUGUCUUCUACUUUUCAGUCAGUUCUGUAUCCAAAUGGCUAGUUCUCUCUGUAUUCUUUGAGAUCUAACCUUGCUUAUCAGUCUCCCAUGGGGAACCUUGUCGAACGCCUUAUUGAAGUCUAUAUAGAUCACAUUAUUGCUCUACCUUCCUCAAUCCUCUUCGUUACUUCCAUAAAAAACUCAAUCAAGUUUGAGAGACAUGAUCUCCCAGCACAAAGCCAUGUUGGCUAUCCCUAAUCAGUCCUUGCUUUUUCAAAUACAUGUACAUUCUGUCCCUCAGGAUUCUCUCCAACAAUGUGCCCACCACUGAUGUCAGGCACACUGGCCUAUAGUUCCCUGACUUGUCCGUACCACCCUUCUUAAACAGUGGCACCACGUUAGCCAAUCUCCAAUCUUCUGGCACCUUACCUGACAUGCACAGUAUGGUCCAUGGAGAUGCUGUUUCUGAUGGAUUUAAAGUGUCCAAAUGACACAAUUUCUCUCCCCCCACCACCCACUUGACAUAACCAUGCAGGCUCCUCGCUAUUUGAUGUUCAUGUUACUUAGAACCCUCAUGAUUAUAUCAAUGAGGUCACCCCUCAACCUCCUGUGCUCCAGUGAAGACAGCCUCAGCUUCUCCUUAUAACUCAAACCCUCCAGUCCUGACAACAUCCUGGUAAACCUUUACUGAACCCUCUCUAGUAGAAUUCUUCCUAUUACAGGGCCACCAGAAGCGCUCUCAGUACUCUACAAGUGACUUCACCAACAUCCUGUACAACUUCAACAUGAUGUCCCAACUCCUUUAUUCAAUGGUGUGAACAAUUAAGAGUAUUUGAAAAUCUGAAGACUGAAGUUUCAAAAUCAAUGGAUGAAGGGCUGACGCCCGGAACAUUCACUCUCCUGCUCCUCGGAUGCUGCCUGACCUGCUGUGCUUUUCCAGCGCCACAUUUUGUGACUGACUGUCCAGCGUCUGCAGUCCUCACUUUGAUGUCAAUUUCUGACAGUCACUCAAUCCACUGGGACCACAACAAUUUUUGACUGUGAUUUCUGUGAGAGGGAUCAACACUUUUUGGUUCCUGUUUGAGGACGUUUUCAGCAUCAGUGGGACUGGACGAGAGACCCCACUGUUGCAGCGCACUGUGUGUGGAGCCUGAAACAGUUAUACAGCCUAGGAAGUGGAUUUCACGGUAGGGAGGGGCUCUACACGUGUCCGUGAGCAGCUGAAGCUCUGGCCAUGGAGAAACCUGAAGAAGCCCGCCCUGUGGAGAAACCGUGGAAGGGUGGUGACUGUGGGAAAGGCUUCCGUGUCCCGUCUGCCCUGGAGACUCAUCGGCGUAGUCACACCGGGGAGAGGCCAUUCCCCUGCACCGACUGCGGGAAGGCCUUCAGCACAUCCUCCCACCUGCGGACCCACAAGCGGGUCCACACGGGGGAAAGGCCCUUCACCUGCUCUCAGUGCGGGAAGGGCUUCAGUACUUCCUCCAAUCUGCUGACCCACCAGCAUGUCCACACCGGCGAGAGGCCGUUCACCUGCUCUCAAUGCGGGAAGGGCUUCACCUGCUCCUCCACCCUGCAGAGCCACCAACAGGUCCACACGGGGAAGAGGCCCUUCAGCUGCCCUGAGUGCAGGAAGGCUUUCAGCACUUCCUCCAACCUGCUGGCCCACCAGCGGGUCCACACCGGGGAAAGGCCAUUCACCUGCUCUCAGUGCGGGAAGGGCUUCACCUGCUCCUCCCGCCUGCGAAGCCACCAGCAUGUGCACACAAGGGAGAGGCCCUUCAGCUGCACCGCGUGUGGGAAGGGCUUCACUUGCUCCUCCACCCUGCGGAACCACCAGCGUGUCCACACUGGGGAGAGGCCGUUCACCUGCUCUCAGUGCGGGAAGGGCUUCACUUACUCCUCCACCCUGCGGAACCACCAACGUGUCCACAUGGGGGAGAAGCCCUUCAGCUGUCCCGAGUGUGGGAAGGGCUUCACCUGCUCCUCCACCCUCCAGACCCACCAGCGUGUCCACAUGGGGGAGAGGCCCUUCAGCUGCUCUCAGUGCGGGAAGGCCUUUACCCAUGUCUUCUCCCUGAUGAGGCACCAGCGGAUCCACACGGGGGAGAGGCCUUUCAGCUGCGCAGAGUGCGGGAAGGCCUUUACCCAGGCCUCCACCCUGCUGACCCACCAGCGUGUCCACACGGGGGAGAGGCCCUUCAGCUGCCCAGAGUGUGGGAAGGCCUUUACCCAGGCCUCCAACCUGCUGACCCACCAGCGGGUCCACACCGGGGAGAGGCCAUUCACCUGCUCUCAGUGCGGGAAGGGCUUCAGGUAUUCCUCCCACCUGCUGAUCCACCAGCGGGUCCACACGGGGGAGAGGCCCUUCAGCUGCCCCGAGUGCGGGAAGGGCUUUAGCACAUCCACCAUCCUGCUGAGGCACCAGCGGAUCCACACCGGGGAGAGGCCGUUCAUCUGCUCUCAGUGCGGGAAGGGCUUCACCUACUCCUGCAACCUGCGGAAGCACCAGCGAGUUCACGUGCCGUCGCAGGGGGAUUGAAGGAGUGACGGCCGAGUGCUAUUAUCGAUUGGACUAUCAACCCGGUUCCAGGGACUCCCGGGUUUGAAUCCCGCCACGACAGAUGGCAGAAUUGGUAUACGGUCAGAAAUGUGGAGUUUGGAAUCUAAUGAUGAGAGCGUUUUUUUAAUCCUUGUGCUGUUUACCCUCACUAUUUUUUUUAAUCCUUGUGUCUUUUAUUCUUGCUUUUACCUGUGCAACUGUUUAUAGUAAUGUGUAAACACUAGUGAAGGAGAUUAUGCACCAGCAUUUUAUGUUCCUCAGUCAUUGAAGGGGCAGGACUGGUUGAGAAUGAUUAGUAAAGCAGGUUGUGCACUAAGCCUUGUUAACAUCGAUAUAGUUUGUUCAUUGGAAAAGUAGACUUUUUAUUAUUUUGAGUCAUAGAGAUGUGCAACACGGAAACAGACCCAUUGAGUCCAACCUGUCCACGCCAACCAGAUAUCCUACAUUACUCUCGUCUCCUUUGCCAGUACUAUAUCCCUCUAAACCAUUCCUAUUCAUAUACCCAUCCAGAUACCUUUUAAAGGCUGUAAUUGUACCAGCCUCCACCACUUCCUCUGGCAGCUCAUUCCAUCCCUGCACCACCCUCUGCAUGGAAACAUUGCCCUUCAGGUACCUUUUGGUACCAACUAUGUCCUCUAGUUGUGAAGGUCACCCCAACACUGAGGAAAUGACUUAAAAACAUUGCUUUUGCAUUUAGCUGGCUACUCAAUCAAAU